CUACACUGCGUGGGUCUCUUCUUCUCACCACCACUCUGCUGCAUCUGUGGCUGCUGUCAAGGGAUACACCAAGCGGUCUGGUCAUAGUACUUAUACAGCAAACUCCACGAGAAAUAUGCUUAAGGGACAGUGACCUUGCCAACGGAAGGAAACGCAGUUUUAUAAAUUUCAAGAGCAGCAGCUUUCUACCUGUGCACCUUCCAGACCAGUGACUGUCCACCAUGUUGUCCAGGUUGAGGACAACCUGGUCCCUGAGGCCCUGUGUCUCUAUUUGCAGAUGGGCACACACCAAAGAGAAGGGCAAGCCCCUCAUGCUCAACCCUCGAACCAACAAAGGCAUGGCCUUCUCUCUACAGGAGCGACAGAUUUUGGGGAUACAUGGUCUGUUGCCUCCUAAAGUGGAGACUCAGGACAAUCAAGCCAUGCGCUUUCAGAAAAAUCUCAAGAAAAUGACUGAUCCCCUACAGAAGUACAUCUACUUGAUGGGCAUCCAGGAAAGGAAUGAGAGGCUUUUCUAUAGGGUGUUGAUGGAAGACAUAGAUGAAUUGAUGCCAAUAGUCUACACUCCCACUGUAGGCCUGGCCUGCACGCAGUAUGGACACAUCUUUAGAAGACCCAAAGGCUUGUUCAUCUCCAUUCGGGACAGAGGACACAUCCGAUCCAUCCUGGACAACUGGCCAGAAACUAAUGUUGCAGCAGUAGUAGUAACUGAUGGAGAGCGUAUUUUAGGAUUAGGGGAUCUGGGUGUUUAUGGAAUGGGCAUCCCAGUCGGAAAACUUUGCCUGUACACUGCGUGUGCCGGCAUUAGACCUGAGAGAUGUCUGCCUGUGGUGAUAGAUGUUGGCACAGACAAUGAGACUCUCCUGAAGGAUCCACUGUACAUGGGCCUGUACCAGAAGCGAGACCGCUCACAAGCCUAUGAUGAUCUGAUUGAUGAGUUCAUGGAGGCUGUGGUGGACAAAUAUGGACAGGACACACUGAUCCAAUUUGAGGACUUUGGGAAUCACAAUGCCUUCCGCUUUCUCAGGAAGUACAGGGAGAAAUACUGCACCUUCAAUGAUGAUAUCCAAGGCACUGCGUCUGUAGCCCUUGCUGGUCUGUUAGCAGCUCAGAGAGCCGUUGGCAAACCCAUCACUGAACACCGAGUGCUUUUCCUGGGAGCUGGAGAGGCUGCCCUUGGAAUUGCCAAUCUGAUUGUCAUGGCCAUGAUGGAGACGGGUAUGAGUCAAGCUGAGGCCAGAAAAAGAAUCUGGAUGUUUGAUAAAUAUGGCUUACUAGUAAAGGGUAGACAGCAGGAAACGGACACAAAUCAGGAGGCAUUUGUCCAUGACAGUCCAGGGAAUGUACAGAGCUUCCUUGAAGCUGUCAACACCAUAAAACCCACAGCUAUCAUUGGUGUGUCAGGAGCUGGACGUCUGUUCACCCAUGAUGUCAUCAAGGCCAUGGGAACCCUGAAUGAACGACCAAUCAUCUUUGCCCUGAGUAACCCCACCAAUAAAGCAGAGUGCACAGCAGAGGAUGCCUACACACUCACUGAUGGUAGAUGUCUUUUUGCCAGUGGUAGUCCAUUUGGUCCAGUGACUCUGAGUGAUGGCCGCGUCUUCACUCCUGGACAAGGGAACAAUGCUUACAUCUUCCCAGGUGUGGCCCUGGCUGUAAUCCUGAGUGGAGUGAGACACAUCAGUGACACAGUAUUUCUAGAAGCUGCCAAGACCCUUGCUGAGCAGCUGGCGGAUAAAGAGCUAGAAGAAGGAAGACUAUAUCCUCCUCUUUCCAACAUCAGAGAGGUCUCUAUCCAGAUGGCUGUCAAGGUGGUGGAGUAUGUCUAUGCUAAAGGCAUGGCGUUCCGCUACCCUGAGCCUGUGGACAAGGACAGCUUCGUACGUGCUACUGUCUGGAACACCAAUUAUGACUCCUUCCUGCCAGACACCUAUGACUGGCCAGGUGUCAGCUUCAGCCCCAAGACUAACUAGAACUAGAACAAACUCUCACUGUUCCCAAUGUUAUGUCACUCUCUCCCUUUGUUUUCCAUUUUACUCUUAAUCACAGAUCUUUUGAGAUGAUCAUAGUUAUCUUAGUGCAAGCAUACUGCUUCCAUAUCACUGCAUUUGCACUAACACAGUCUUAUGAGAUCUGUGAAAAGGUAGAGUGUGAGGGCACUUGGAAAGAUAAGGACAUUUGACUUUGCAUCAUAAGUAAACCUGCAUGGAACUUGAGGGCCACCUGGUGUUGGCAAAAAGGCAGUGUGGAAAUCUGGUUUUCAUUGUUGAAACCUUGAGAUACAUUUUAAUUAUCUAUGUUCUACUUUGAAAAGCAAAUGACAACAAUAAUAUCAGAAAGUGGGCAAUUACAGUUAGUCACCUUUAAAUAUUCUUUGUGAUUGUCAACUGCUCUUGAUAAGCAGAAACCCAAACACCAAAACACAAACACUAGGUAAAUUAUAUUAUGCUGUAUAGCAGUCCAAACACUGGUAGGCUACUGAAGGUUAAAAUGGAUUUUUACAUGGUAGUGGAGAUGACACUUAUUAUUUGUGUUUGUCAAUCUCCACCAUCUUUUUAGUCAUAAAUUACCUAUAAAUAAAUAAUAAAUAUAGUUAUAAUAGGUAUAGUUUCCCUUUUGUUAAGAAAUGCCCUGUACAAUACCAUUAUCUUUUUCACCUAUUUUAAGCAUUACUUUUUCCACUCCAUAGUUAAAAUAAUGAUGACUUUUAAUUUUAUUAUUUAUUUUUGUACACUCCUGAUGUAGAAAUGUUAUUCUUUGGUUAAUACUGACAAACUCAAUUCUUUAUGUUUAGUCCAGUUACUACUUUUCUGACUAUAUGUGGCUACCUAGAGAUUGCCAAACAUUAUGCAAAGUUUUAACAUAGGGUUUCUACAUUGCCUUUUUCACAUCAAGAGGGCCUCUGGUGUAUUCACUGAACAACCAAUGCCUGAUGUAACACAUAUUGUCAGACUUCUUUUUAAGCCGUGUACAUAUCAGGCCACAUUGGUAAUCAGCAAUAGUCCAGUAGAGCAGAGGGAUAAAGAGCUUGGCUUUUAUGUGUAAACGGUGAAAAAGAGAAUAGACAGUGUAACUCAGGGGAGAAAUAAAGUGAGUAUUUAAAGAAAGACCUCUUAAUGGAAAAUGAUGAGAUUGUAUGAAGGGAAAUUAAAUUAAAUUUAUAUCUAAAAACAUUCAAGGAAUCCUCCAGCUUGACAACACAUCCAACGUCCACUCCAGCAUUUUAUUUGUUCAAUUGUUCUUGUCACAUUAUGUUUGUUUCUCAGAAUUUAUUUUGUUUUAUUUUUGUGUGGUGUUUUUUGAUGUUUUGUUAAGUCAUCAACUCUCCUUAAAUGAAUUGUGGUAUGAAGACCCCUUUUGCUUAAGUGUGAUAUACAUAUUUAAGGAAACAGUGUGCAGUAUAAAAUAAUUGGAUAAACUAUCAUUUUUUUCCUUUAUUAUAUUUUAUUUACUGUACAGGCACUUUUGUGGAAAAGUGGGACUGUGUGCUGAAAGAGUAACUAUAAAGCUGUCUAAAAUACGUCCAAUACGUGUGUGUUUGCUGGUUGGUGUGUGGGUUUCACUCCAUGGAACAUAUUCAACAACACAACAGACUUACAGGCUAGGUCUCUGUUCACUGUGAUCUACCAUGAUCGAGGAAAAGAUAAACUGACUGUUACAACUUCAUCUACCAUGAUCUAGAAGACGUUGUAACAUAGUCAAGUUUAAUACAUGAUUUACACUGUGAGCUACUCAAAAACUAUAUUAUUGGUAUCAAAAGUUAUUUAACCAACUAGCCCAGUUGGGAAAGGACAUCACUGAAAUCUUGACAUUUUGCCCCUUUUAAUAUGGUUUUCAUUCUCUCUACCUUUUGGAUCCUUGGUGACAAAAUUAAUGUACAGUUUUUGGUGUAAAGGGUAAUGGUGCCUGAAAGAUGGAUUGUUACUGGCAACUUUUAUUUUUGAUGAAGAAACUUAGUAAUGCUAACAAGUCAACUUUAACUAUCCUAAGUGUCAACAGAGAAGCAUUUUUAUGUUGAACCAGAUAAUGGCAUUGGUAGUUAUUUCAGUAUGUUAAAAUAUAUAUGCUAGUCCACUGUGUAUAUUUUAACCUCAGGACUGUGUUUUAUGACCUUCUGACUUCCUGCACUGAAGUGCCAAAGUGUUCAAAGUCACUCCAUUUCCACAACGUAGACCUCUUAACAUGCUGCAAACAGAGAUGAGAAACAACCCAUCAGCACUAUGAAUAUAAAAAUUGCUGUUUGUAUUGUACAAAAUGAAGUAAUUGUGUGUUAUUCAACGUGCAGCUUUUUCUCUGAUAGACUUUGCAGCUUCUGGUUAUGAAUACUUAAUAUGUUGUUAAAGGCAACGUUUUCUACAUAUAACUUUAGUUUUAUGUAAAAGAAACUAUAUAAUGGUUAAACCCCAUUAAGUGUUUGCUCAUGUCAUGUGUUUAUCCAGUUGUUGUUACUGACUAUAAUUGUCCAUUACGAGUUUUUACUGUGUUGUGAUCGGUGAUUGGUCUGCUCGUGAUUUCCUCCACAUUUCACUAAAGUGUGCAUUCAUGUAGUGCUUUGUCCUUUGUCAUUCUGAAGUUUAUUUUUAUUACACAGUAAUAUUGCCUUAGCGUUUGUAUGCAAAGUGCAGCAUGUUUGUGCUGCUUCAGUGAUGUUAAAGUGCAGAAUAAAACCUAUUUUACACUGGCUAA